GGCUGGCUGCGUGCUUACGCAGCACGCAAGACCGGGGGUGGGGCAGGCGGCCAGGCUGGCGGCGGAGGCGCGGGGCCUGGUCCCGCCGGCACCAUGGCCAAGACGGUGGCCUAUUUCUACGACCCCGACGUGGGCAACUUCCACUACGGGGCUGGUCACCCUAUGAAGCCCCAUCGCUUGGCAUUGACCCAUAGUCUGGUCCUGCACUACGGUCUCUAUAAGAAGAUGAUCGUCUUCAAGCCAUACCAGGCCUCCCAGCAUGACAUGUGCCGCUUCCACUCUGAGGACUACAUCGACUUCCUGCAGAGAGUCAGCCCCACCAAUAUGCAAGGCUUCACCAAGAGCCUUAAUGCCUUCAACGUGGGCGAUGACUGCCCAGUGUUUCCCGGGCUCUUUGAGUUCUGCUCCCGUUACACAGGCGCAUCUCUGCAAGGAGCAACCCAGCUGAACAACAAGAUCUGUGAUAUUGCCAUUAACUGGGCUGGUGGUCUGCACCAUGCCAAGAAGUUUGAGGCUUCUGGCUUCUGCUAUGUCAAUGACAUUGUGAUUGGCAUCCUGGAGCUGCUCAAGUACCACCCUCGGGUGCUCUACAUUGAUAUUGACAUCCACCACGGUGACGGGGUUCAGGAAGCCUUCUACCUCACUGACCGGGUCAUGACAGUGUCCUUCCACAAGUAUGGAAACUACUUCUUCCCUGGCACAGGUGACAUGUAUGAAGUUGGAGCAGAGAGUGGCCGCUACUACUGCCUCAAUGUGCCCCUGCGGGAUGGCAUUGAUGACCAGAGUUACAAGCACCUUUUCCAGCCGGUUAUCAACCAGGUGGUGGACUUCUACCAACCCACGUGCAUUGUGCUCCAGUGUGGAGCUGACUCUCUGGGCUGUGAUCGAUUGGGCUGCUUCAACCUCAGCAUUCGAGGACAUGGGGAGUGCGUUGAAUAUGUCAAGAGCUUCAAUAUCCCUCUGCUGGUGCUAGGUGGUGGUGGCUAUACUGUCCGGAAUGUUGCCCGCUGCUGGACGUAUGAGACAUCGCUGCUAGUAGAAGAGGCCAUUAGUGAGGAGCUUCCCUACAGUGAAUACUUCGAGUACUUUGCCCCGGACUUCACGCUCCAUCCAGAUGUCAGCACCCGCAUCGAGAAUCAGAACUCACGCCAGUAUUUGGACCAGAUCCGCCAGACAAUCUUUGAAAACCUGAAGAUGCUGAACCAUGCACCUAGUGUCCAGAUUCACGAUGUGCCGGCAGACCUCCUAACCUAUGACAGGACUGAUGAGGCUGACGCAGAGGAGAGGGGUCCCGAGGAGAACUACAGCAGAGUUCAGGCUUCCAGAUCUCUCCUCUGGACCUGGGCUCUACUGCUUAGACCCUUGGGACCACUCCAACCCUUCUCCUCCGCCAGAGGCAUCCAAUGAAUUCUAUGAUGGAGACCAUGACAAUGACAAGGAAAGCGACGUGGAGAUUUAAGAGUGGCUGGGCUUGCUAUGUCCCCAGAUAUUCCUUUUUACCUCUUGGUUGGGUGGGAGGGAAAAGGUGUGGCUCUUCCACCCCUGGUCAGGUUACUCUCAGGGCUUUUACCAAUGCUGGGGGAGGGUUUGGAGACCACAUCUUGUUCUGGAACCAACUAUCCCCUCUCUUCUCCCUCCCAAGGUCUGAGAAUGGUACCUAUUAGUGAUUGGAUGGGGACAAGGAUAGCCAUCUCUAGGACAUCUUGGGCGGUGAGCCCUAGAGGCCAGUCCCAGCCCUUCUGGCUCACUUAUUCCUUCCCUACUUCCCUCUAACCCAGAGACUUUAGGGGUGAGGGGGUAGACAGGAGUAAGGGUGCCUUUGACUUCCUCCUGGGUUCUCCUAAUGCAGGUCUUGUUUCCAGUGCAGGUGAAGAGUAAGGGAUUUUAGGGGGCUCUGACUCCCUAACACCUUAACCCAGAUGAUGGGAAGUGCAGUUUUGAGAUGGGGGAGGAUGUGAAAAUGUCCUAUUCUAACUUUUGGCUUUAUGUCCAUUUUACCACCCUUUUUAUUCAAUAAACCAAGUUGGUAUUUUUUGUA